CCUCCUCAGUACUUCCCCGAUGUGCUCCUCGUCAAGGACUCCGAUCAAAUUGCGAUCGCUAAGUCCUACUCCGCGCUCGAUGCUGGUGUCCGCUCCACUCUUGCGGCGAACUGGAUCAAAUUCAACCGUGUUUUGCCACCGCCGAGCUCCCUUGAUACAGACACUGACGCCAGUAAUGGUUUUUCGACAUCCGCCUCACUCGAUGACAAAACCGAAAAGUCAAGACAGACAGGAUUGCGUGUGGCUUAUAUGCGUCUCUCUGCUGGCAGCAUGCUUGGAGAAGGCCAUCACUCGAGCGUCUACCUCUCGGCUUUGACACUUCCCAGGCCACUUUCUGCACGCACGCUAACUGGGGAGGUGUCCGUCGCAUGCAAGAUGUCAGAUUUAGAUCCAGAAGCACGGGAACAUCUGGAGAAUGAGGCUAAAAUAUAUGCAUCGUUCCCGAAGCAUCUUCAGGAGGAUUGGUGCGGACUUAACAUGAUGCCGCCGAUUAAGACACCCGUCCCGGCAUGCGCUGUAGUGCCCAAGUUCUACGGGUACUACAAACCUGCCUUCGAUGAGGAGGCGUUCAGAAGCGAGAGUGAUGAGGUUAGGGCAGAGAUGAAGGCAUUCAUUGAACGACUCAGCCCUAUCUUGCUCAUGGAGCAUUGUGGGAUUCCCAUUGUGACGAGCAAAAAUUUCCACGUUGAUAAGAAGAUAUUGUGUUAUUCAAUGCUCCGACGCCUGCACAUGAACGACUACAUACAUAACUCAUUCUACCAACGCAAUGUGCUCGUCCAAACCGGUCCGCUAACAACACCUCCGGAAGAGCGUUCCAUGAAGAUGCCCUCGUACCGUGUCAUCGACUUUGGGCGAAGCAAGUUAUAUGGCUUAUCUAAUGACAAAGCGGCAAAAUUCGACGCGGGCUGGGGUAAUGAGUUAAAUCGCGCCACAGAGGAGUUAAAUAUGGAGCCUUUCGUUUAUCAAGAGCCUCAUUCCUGUCUGUUAAAAGUAAGUGAUCACUUUGUCAAAUGCAUUGUCGUUUCUGCUAUGCUGUAUCACCAAGCUUCGCCAUGCUGUCCAGCAUGUUACCAUGUCACUGUGCUGUGUAACCGUUAUACCACGUUGCUUUUUGUUUCAGUAGAAGUUGAUGCUCUUUCAGCUUUCUCUUCGAUCGAACAUUAUGCUGCACCCUGA